GUCGGGAUGCACGAGCCCAGCGUCCACCGCCCAAAGUCCCACUUAACCCCCCGCCUGGGUGUUGCCCAUUCAAGCUCGCCUUUCAAACGUCCCUAGCCCCUGAACCCGCGACGUUUCUCUUAUCCCGUUCCAAACGUUCCAACAUCUUUGUAAGAUUUCUGUCCUAACCAUAUCCUGCUCGUUACAAGACCAGUUUAGCACGUUCAAUCAUGGGCCGAUUUGGCAGCUUGUUCAAGAAAUCGGAAAAGGAGAAACCGGAGUCGAAUCCCUACGCUCAGCAGUCACCGGCCACCCAGUCUCCUCCGCCUCCGCAGUACGAUCAGUACACUCAGUACAAUUCUGCCCAGUACAAUGACAACCAGUCCAUUUCGCCUGCUCCGGUAGGCGUGCCAUCUGGCUUGCCGAGCGGCCCACGCCCAGGCGGCCUUCCGAGCAGAGUUGCGUCCGGCUAUGGGAACGACCAGUCCCCCCCUCCGCAGUAUUCUCCCUAUUCUCCCGACCCCGCUCAGCCCUCCCCCUCUGGCAGCCAGCGGUCUCCCUAUGGUGGAGGGUCGCCAUAUCUCAAUGGAUCGAGCACAUCCAUGGGCCUCGGCUUCUCGAAGGAGAAGUACGGCGCCCAAGAUGGCGUAGGGAAGAGCCGGUUCGAGCCUCCGACAUCACCAUACGGUAGUUCCGCAACACCUCCUCUGCAGAGUCAGGGAGGUUACGGGAACUUGGGAGCUUCAAGCUCUGGGGAUCUGUUCGCCAACUACAAGGGACCCUCGCAGCAAGCUACUAGCCCCUCAGGCCAGCCGCCGUAUGAUACACCAGGGCAGGACGGUGAAUUGCAGAUGAUGAGCGAGCAGGACAGAGAGGAAGCCGAAAUACAAGAAAAGAAAGCCCAGAUCAUACAGACAAUUAAGGACACGAGGGACACGGCCGCGCGCAGCGAGGCAAAGGUGAACGAUGCUCUUGCGCGGGCAUUGGCCAUGACUCAGCAGACCUUUGAGCAAGGAGAGCGAUUGAGGAAUGCCGAGAAGAACGCCACGGCAGCAGGUCGUGAAAUCGCAAAAGGAAAAGUCAACCUCUCUGCCCUAGACCACGCCCAGAGGAUGUUGGACUUUGCGGGCAACAGUAAAACAGCGAUUCAGAUGCGCGAGGAGAGGAAGAUGGAAUACGACCACGAGCAGCAGGCAGAGGUGGAAGCAAUCGAGCGAGAAGAGAGAGAAGCCCGGGCUCGAUACGCUCAGGUGCAAGCGAUAAUGGAGAAGCAGAACCAACCGAGGCCCAGAACACUGGGAGCGGGGGCGAGCAAGGCUUCAGCGUUCGAAUUUGAGGAUGAGGAGUUCGAAGACGACACGGGCGAGCAGCGAAUGCACAACCAGCAGAUCCGGGAGCACCAGGAGGCCAUUGUUCAUGGCCUGAGACAGCUCAACGGUGUCCUGAAGAUCCAAGGGCAAGAACUCGAGCGACAGGUAGAGCAGACUGCGCGCAUGACGGAGAGGACUGAACGGAACAACGAAGGGCUGUGGCGGAAUCGUGUUCACCUUGAAAGCAAGUAUGGAAAGUAGACGAUUGGUUAUCAUAAUGUGUCUGGGUGGGUGAACGGUUUGCUUCAAUUGAGAUAUAUAUGUCGCGUCUAGACUUCGAGUUCUUCGUCGUUUUUGGUGAUGCGGCCUGUGGUAAUGCAUCUGGGUCAGGAAACUUGGUAUGUCUCGAACCUUGCCAUUGCAGUUCCUCAACUGGAUACCGCAGUGUCGCGCGUGUCCUUUCAGCACAUUGCAAAUCCGACAAACUGCCUAAUCCGUAUAAAUGGAAUGGGAACUCCUGUAGCAUGAAAGGCCGCGGUAAUUUCUUGUCCACCGAUCACGGGAGGGAGCAAGAAGUCAUUUCCAUUCGAUGCUGUUCCGGGGGGCUUGCUCGUCAGGUCGAAAACAAAC